UCGAUACUGCCGCGCCGUUUAUUCGUCUCGCGGUAACACCGAAUGAGUUUACUGGAGACUGUACAAUUUAAUAAGCCUGGAGUAAUCUUGAUACUUUACCAUGGAACAAUCCGAUAUACCGCAAGUGCUGGUUCUUAAAAUUGAAGAAGUACCUGCAGAUAUAAAUAUACAAACGACUCAAAUCACUAAUCAAGAUGUCGAAACUGUUUCUGUUAUAGAAGAUAAUCAAGAUUUGCCAAAUGCGUAUAAGCUACCAGAGGAAUCUAUGGUAGAUAAUGUUAAUAUUAAUGUAGAAACUGUAUCUGAAGAAUACAUGGAUACAAGUCAAGUGGAUGUAUCCACUAAAGAAAUUGAUGGCAAUGAAAAUGAUGUAGCAAAUCCUAAGUUAAGCGAGCCAGAAAUGGAAGUUUGCACAUCAGAAGAGGAAAGGAUUAACAUCUAUGAACAGACAAAAGAUGAGAUAAUGGAUUUUAAACCACAAUAUCUGUCCAGCGAGGAAGACCAAAGUUCAAAUGUGAUAACCGAAUCUAAAGUAAUAGAAGUAAACAAGGAAGCAACAGAUGUAGAAAGUGGAUGUAAUGUAAUAGAAAAUGCAAAUCAAUCCGAUACUGUACAUAGACAGUGUUCGACAUUAGACAAGGCUAGACUUAGCGAAAAUUCUGAGGACCAGAUUCAUGAAUCUCAUGAAUCAGUUAAGGAGAUAAUCAAGGAAAUACAUGAUAACGACAGCAACCAAAAUAACUCGAUAAUAACGGAUGCUGAACUGACCAAAUUAGUACAAGAAGAUGGAGAAGUAAUUGUAGUCGUGGAAACUAUACCAAUUACAACGGAUGCAGCAGCGGAUAAUUAUAUUGUCUUAGACGAGAAGGAGGCUAGUAAAUGCAGCCAGGAAAAUAUAGUUACCUUGCAGGAAGAAAGAAUUGUGGAGACCAAUCAUGGAGAGAAUGAGAUUAAUCUAAUUGAUUACAGUCAAGAAAGUGAAGGUACUAUAAUAGAAGUGACGGAAGUUAUAGAUGCUACUGAACAGUGCGAGCAGCAGGAUAAUAAAGAAUGUAUAGAAAAUAGUAAAUAUGAUACCGAACUUGAAAAUGUAACUGAAAUUGCAAUCGAAAGUGUGAGGGAUGAAAAUAUUGAGCCAAAUGCGACUGAUAGCAAAACUUUGGUCAGUUCUGCCAGUAAAGAGGAUAAUGUUACUAUUAUAAUAGAUAAGAAAAUUACAAACACAGAGGAUGCUGAUUCUGAAGUUAAGACGGAUAUUUCCCAGAAUGAAAAUAUACAUAAGAAAGCUAUUAAAGAGAUCACUGAACACAAACAAGAGGAUACACUUGCUCACAAGACUUUAACAGUGGAUUCGAAGAAGAAAAGGAGCGUUAUUCAAGAUAUUUUUGACGAUUGGGACGUUGAAAAUGCAGAAGAAGACGUGCAAUCAACUUCAAAAAUUGAUCAUGAUUCCGUAGAAAUCGAAUUAAAAAGUUUAAUGGACGAAACAAAAGUAAAUCAGACUGUUACGAAUAAAGCGGCUCCAAGUCUUCAAGAAAAAAUUUCUACAAAUAAAGAAUAUGCAGAUGGGAUACGUGACACAAGCGAGAAGAAGACAACGAAACAGUCGACUGAACAAACGGAAAAUCAAAAGAAAAGCAAGGUGACUAAGGGAGAGUCAGCAUCUUUAAAAAAAGCGAGUAAGAUUUCAUCCAUGGCAAAUCUUUACGAAGUUUGGAAACCGUGCAUUUAAUACAACGCCACAAUCGCAAACCGCAGUUCCUAAAAUCGUUCCCGGCAUUUAACAAGUCAAAUAGCAUCCCCGGCCGAAGUGACGGAAGUGUUAAAGGAGCGCCUUCGUGAGAAGCAGAAGACCAUCGUGGAUGCACCGCGUGGACCAGACAUAUUUUUUGUGAAGAAAUUAACGCAAAGAUUGUCCAGUAAAUUGGCGGGCAGCCCGGUUAACGCCGGGAUACCCGGACUCAUACCAUUGCCGCAGCAAGCCAUCUCUUCUGUUCCACCCUCAUCCGCGCAAUCGGCGAUGGAUAACUGUGAUAAAAAGGCAACGGAAACGAGCAAGGAUAGCAAUUCCGACAACAAAGAAUUGCUGGCCAUUUUAGAAGGCGAUGGUGAUCCUGAUUGGUCCAUUUUGAAGCCACCGACACUCACAGAGGAAAACAAGAGUCCGUCGAACGUAGAACACAUCGAUCACAGCAAUCCGCCGAAACUCGAUCCGUUAGUCGAACGGGAAUUGGCACUGAAGCAACUCCUCGAGCUGCCCGUGGCGCCGUCCAAGAAGACCGCAUCGCGGAAGAAGAAAACAUUCCGACCGACACCUAGCAAAAUGUCCAAAGAUACUAUUGCGAAAAGUCCGCAUGCUACGCAGGAGCAAAAGGAUGUCAAUGUGGAUCUAGCGAGCGAAAAUGCGCAACCAAACGCAAAAUCUGUUGAGAUCGAUCUGAGUUCGCCGCGAAAGAACGAUCAACAGGAUCAGGAGGGCACACGAGUAGAAGAGUCGAGAUCGGGUAGGAAACGCAAACCCACCGAGAAAGCGCGAGAGCACGAGCAGAACACGAUAAAAAGGCAGAAGGUGUACAGAGGUAAAGUCUCAAUAAACAAGAAACAAACGCAAGAAAAUAAUUCCGUCUCUGACGAUAGCUUGACCAUCAAAAAUCAUGUUACAGCGAAUGACCCGCCAGAAGCCGAUGUAAACAAUGAAAAGGCCACCACGAAAGAAGAAACAAGUAAACAGCUCGAAGACAAGGCAGAUUCGAAAAAGGGCGAGAAUUCUCCCUCGAAACAGCCGAGACAGAGUCUUCCUAAGAGAGGAUCGCAACCGAUCGCCGAGAGAAAAAUUGUAGUCAAAAGAUUGCUGCGCCAGAAGAUGGAUACCAGUAAGAAGCCUGUUCAGUUAAAAGCAAAGAUAUCUCCGUCGAAAAAGGCAUCGCCGAAAGCAGUCUCGAAAGCGUCGCCAAAGCGUUCAGUCGAAAGUACGUCCAGCGACGUGAAACACAAGAAGAAGGGUAAAAACGAGAUAGACAGAUUGCUGCAGGACGAGGGGGUUGUCAAUUUACUGUAUGAUGUGGAGCAUCAGGACAAGAGGCGCUUGGUACCGAUCACAAAAUCGCGAGUGAAGGUGAUGGACUUGCAGAAGGUGCAGCGUGAACUAAAAAUUCGGAAAAAAUUGGUCCGUAACGCCGUGCUGCGACUGCGUACGUCGACAACGCCGACUGUCACGAAGGUGUUACCGAGAUCGAAGAGAAAGUUGGUCCAUACGAACGACUCGCCGGCGGAGAAGAAGCCAGGAGAGCAGACCUCGUCGCCGAAAGCUUCAAAUACCGCUGCCCAGCCCGCUGAAUUUAUACUUCCAGCAAAAAUUAGAAAUGCCGCUGACGCGUCUAUCAUUAUUAGGAGGCACUCGUCAAGCUCAUUCUCUAGUGCUUCUGGAAGUCCUAGAGUCAGUGUGGAUGAGAAACCUGCGGAGGCCGCCAAGUCGAGCGACGGAACAGUUCAUUCUUUGAGAUCUGCCAAGAGAAGACGAGAUUCUCAAGAUGAGAAAAUGAAUAACGCAAAGAAGACUAAGAAGAAAAAGUCUGACGCUGAUGUUGCCGCUGCUAACACUGGUGUUAAUACUAGUACCAGCACUUCCGCUUCUAGUACCACCACUGCUAGCACUGCUUCUGCUAACAAUACGGACGAAAAGAUUAAUGUAGCUGCACGUGUCGGUAGAAAAGCGGAAAUAAAAAAAGUUGACAAAGCUAUUAAGCAACAGGAUACCGCCACAUCCGAGGAGAACGUCUCGAGUAAAGUUACGACCAGGUCGUCGAAUGGCGCGGUAAUGCCAGGGAAAGUGACGCCGAAGAGCAAAAAGGCCACGAAGAGCAAAGUGACUUUCGCCAAAACCGGUGAACAUCUCGAUAACACCGAGGAUUCUUCUAAAGAGGAGGAUGAAUUGUCCGCUUGUCUUGCUGAAGCAGCCACCGCUCUUUCGGUCGCCAAUCCUGGUCGCUCUGGAAACAUUACGCGCAAGAACAAAGUACAUCCAAGUACCGUGAAAACGCCAAGUUCAGAGAGCAACAAGACGAAAGCGGAUACGCAGAGUCAAUUCAGUAAUAAGGAAAUAAAUGUGCGCCGGCACGGUAAUCUUGUACAAUUAAUACUUACGCCAUCCUCUUCAACCAAGAUAAGAAACGCGCUCACACUGCAAGUGAUGCAGGAGUUUAGAGACGCUCUGUCGAUAUUGAAGAGAGACGACGAGUGUAGAGUGGUACUGUUAACUUCUACAGGUACAAGUUUCUGCGAAGGUCUCGAUCUUUCGAUGCUGUUGCAUACGAAUAAGGAGGAACGACGUGCCGUCGCUCAAGAGUUGGCGCACGCCGUCAAGGACUUCAUCAAAAGUUUGGCCACUUUUAACAAACCCAUCGUAGCUGGUGUGCAAGGGGCUGCAAUUGGACUUGGAGUGACCAUGUUACCGCUUUUUGACCUCGUAAUUGCUAGCGAUAAAGCUACAUUCUGCACUCCCUACGGGAAAUUAGGACAAAUUGCUGAAGGAGCUGCGGUCUUCACCCUUUCGCACAUAUUAGGCAGUGCUAUCACGUGCGAACUUCUUUUGGGUGGAAGAACUUUAACAGCGAGUGAGGCGUUAAGAGCUGGUCUUGUCACCAGAGUUUUAUGGCCUGAUCGGUUUCAAGUGGAGCUGUUACCGUCGUUGCGGGCUAUGAGCGAUCAAUCAUCACAGUCCAUGGAGGCGACGAAGGCUCUAUUACGUCACAGUCUGCGGAAAAAAUUAGACGCCGCACUCGAGUCAGAAACAUACUUACUGAUUCAGCAUUGGUGUUCCGCAGAUUGCCAGAAUGCUAUAAAAGCUUAUAUUGAUGGAAAAAUUCAAUAAACAAUGUGCAAGUACUACUGAUUAUUUGUGACUAUGCAAUCUACACUUAAGGAACUUGGAAGUGUCGAUUUGUGAAUAAGGAUACGGACCUGAUAUCAUAAAACUUGUGUUUCUGAUGUGACAUUCUAUAUAUGUCAAUACACGAUAUUCUAGAUAUAAGAUAUAAAUAUGAAUCAUUUAAAAAGAUGGACUAUUUUACUAUUAUAGGUCGUUAGGUAUACAUUGAAAGUAUAUGUGUAUAUUUAUUUAUAUACAUAU